AUGUCCAACAAAGAAUCUUGUGGAAAAAAGGAGAAAUCUCGGAGAAAAGGCACCACCCCAUCAUCCAAUAUUAAUGAAGAUAAGAGAGAGAAAAAACCAUCAGUAAGUUCUACUAGUUCAACUUGCUCUAUAAGAUCAGUGUCGUCGGAGAAGAGAAAACUGAAAUCAGAUCCUGCAGAUAUUCUGUGCUGUAAUAUGAAAAGAAGACAAGAAAUGAAAAGACUGAAUGUAGAAACUGACCCUCCAAGAAAGAGACCAAAAAUUGGUUCUUCAUCCCAAGGACUUGUUACACUCCAGGAAACAUCAUAUUCAAAUAAUAAUCAGAUUAUUUCACAGAGUCCUUCUUCAAAUGGAACUAAAAAAGAUAUAAGUAAAUGUGUAUAUUUUCAAGUUAAAGAUAUUAAAUUGGCAAAUGUUAAGAGUAAGCUGGACCAUGGAAUUGAAAACUUUAGCUGUCCUAAGGUGGCCAAAGAUAAGAAACCAAAAGCUGAGGGCCAGACAAGUGAAGAAAAAGGGCCUCAUUUACUUGCUCAGAGGGAGAAGAUGAAGGAAUUCAAGAAAGAAAGGUACAAUAAAUUUAGAGACAGUUCUGAAAAAUGUGCUUCGGAGAAAUGCAAGAGAAUCCAACUUUCUCAGGAUUGUAAUUUCCACAAGAUAGUUAAGGAACCCCUUGAAUCUAGAAGGAGAAGGAUUAACUUCAAAAUCCCAGUAAAAUCCCGCAGUACCCUCCAGAAUCUUGUACAAGAAAAUGUGUUCACUUUAGGUUCUAACAAGUUAAAGACUAAAAAGGAGAAAAAAGAAUGCCCAGAAGGCUCCCAGUUUUCAUUAAAGUUUACAAGGCACAGAAGUGAAUAUUUAUUUCCAGAUUCCACAAAUAAGCAGACUGUCCAUGAGUGGGAAGGAGAAUAUCAUGAGCAUCAAGAAAUUAAUGAUUUAAGUUCUGGUGAAAACCUAACCCAGACUUUUGAAGCACCAUGUUCUUCAGUGUCACUUGAAAGUAUUCAAGAUACAGAUCAAGAGAUGCAGAUAGUAGAAGAGCUUCAUGCUGCUCGUGUGGGAAAAAGUGUGGAUUUACCUGUGGUUCCACCUUCAGGAGAGUUAAUGAGUAUGGAAAUUGACAUGGUAGAAGAUGAUACACGUUCCUCUGCUGCAAAUACUGCUUCAGACAAAAAGCUUCUAAUUGUUAUUGACACAAAUAUUCUAAUGAAUCAUCUCAAAUUUGUUAGACUUUUGAUGACAACAGAAAUCCCAGGCUUUGACAGACUUGUGUUAAUAAUUCCCUGGGUGGUUGUACAAGAGCUGGAUCGUAUGAAGGCAGGAAAAUUACUGAAACAUGCCCAGCACAAAGCUAUACCUGCAGUUCAUUUCAUAAAUGACAGUCUCAGAAAUCAAGAUAGGAAGCUAUGGGGUCAGUCAAUACAACUUGCAUCUCAAAAACUUUAUGGAUUGAGUGAUGAGAACAAUGAUGAUCGUGUAUUAAAAUGCUGUCUUCAGUACCAAGAACUAUUCCCUUGUUCUCUUGUUAUUUUGUGCACGGAUGAUAGAAAUUUAAGAAACAAAGGCCUAAUAAGUGGUGUGAAGUCACUCAGUAAAGAAGAAUUGAGUGCAGAGUUUUUAAACUUAUCUCUGAACACAGAUGUAUGUCAUCAGCCUUGUAUAUCUAAACAACAAUUGAAAGCAGAAAAAGCACCUUUGGAGGAGAUCUAUGAGGAAGAAUCUACAAACUCUGGACUACCCGUUCUAUUUGAAAGCAUUGUAUCUGAUCUCGAAAGAUCUCUUGGAACAGCUUUAUCUUCAAUAUUAGAAACAGAAAUGAAAAUUGCUUUUGGAAACCUUUGGAUGGAGAUGCUGUACUUGAAACCUCCAUGGACUCUAAUACAUUUAUUACAGUGUUUUAGAAAACAUUGGUUGGCUGUAUUUGGAUUAGUUAUGGAAAAGAACUUGCUCUUAACCAUUGAGAGUCUAUAUGAAAAUCUCCGUAAAGCUAAUAAAGCAGUGGAUUUUACAACAAUGAAAUUCCUGCUUCAGGAUUCUAAAAGUUUGCUACAUGCUUUUAGUACGAGGUCAAAUUAUGAUGGUAUUCUUCCACAGGCCUUUACUCAAGUGAACAAACUACUCCAAACAUUUGCAGAGGUCAAGGCAAAACUUAAGCAAAAUUCUUCACAAAAUACACCGGGUAAAAGCCAGGAAGAUAAUUCUCUGAUGAAAUCUGAUAACCAAGAAAUCACCGUUUUAUCCGGUUCUUAUCCUCCUCAAACCAGCAGGCAUCAAGAAAUCUGGUCUAUCCUAGAGAAUGUUUGGAUUACACUGUAUCAAAACAGCAUGGAUGUGUUUCAAAGGUUGGAUUCAAAUUCAACUCUGACGUCUUCAAAAAUAGCAUCAUUUGAAGAAGCAUUUAUGUAUCUUCAAAAGUUAAUGGCAGCUGUUAAAGAUAUUCUGGAAGGAAUUCAGAGGAUUUUGGCCCCCAACAGUAAUUAUCAGGAUAUUGAGACCCUCUAUAACUUCCUAAUCAAGUAUGAGGUAAAUAAAAAUGUCAAAUUUACUGCCCAGGAACUUUAUGAUUGCGUUUCACAGGCUGAGUAUCGGGAAAAGUUAAGCAUUGGAUGCCGCCAGCUGAUUGAGAUGGAAUAUACCAUGCAGCAGUGCAAUGCCUCUGUCUGUAUGGAGGCCAGAAACGGGAUGGUGUGA